ACCAGGACCGGCUCGUCCAGGGCCGAUUCAGGACCACCCAGCGGCACGCUCACACACCAGGGGUGGAUAGUGUGAAGCGUGCGGUCCUGGGCAAGGGGGCGGGAGCGGCGCAGUCUCCCGAUGUGUCGAGGCUUGUGGAGGCUGUCCUGCUGGACCUCAGCAUCCUCAACUGCAGUGAGGGGAGGACGAUUGCCGGGGUCCGCAUUCAUCGCUGGAGUGCCGUCAUGAGGGACUAUCAAACAAUUCGAGAGAAUGUUUAUAGUUGUGCAGCCCUCAUGCAGGCACCCGCAUCCAGCUGUAUGAGGCACACCAAGAGGAGCAAGGCGAUGAUGAGGGACACCAUCGCCAUUGCAGUCCCGGGGCCCAGCGCUUCCCAGACUGCAGCGGAGCCCCUGCCUGCCCCACGGACUGUGCUGCAGCAGCCUGAGCAGCCAGACCAGCCCCUCCAGCACCGCCUGCCUGCGGACGCUUCUGGUCUGGCUGCCACCAUCAGAGGGCCGCUGGCCCCGGAGCUAUACGACCUCAUCGUCGCCAGCUCCUCAACUGCCACCACCUCCUCCUCCUCCUCCUCCUCAGCCACCCCACAAGCCUCCACCAGUGUCAGCGCGGACGCCGUCCGUCCACCAGUGCCAGCGCAGACGCCGUCCCGUCCGCCAGCGCAGAGGCAGGUGUCACCCCCUCCACAGCCACAGCUGCCACUGCUCCACCAGUGCCUAGAAACACUGCCUGGAGGCGCAAGCUCCAGGAGGAGAAAGAGCGUCGUGCCCGGGAGCUGGGAGAAUAUAUGAAACCAGCAAAGAAGGUCUCCCACUUCAACUGCAGGCACUGUGGCCAACCAAAGACGCGGGCGUUUGGCCACAGCCGCUACAAGACGGAGACCUUCUGCUCCCGGGCCGACGGGAAAGGGAGAA